ACCAAAAGGCCUUCGACACGGUUCCACACCGCCGUCUCAUAAGUAAGUUAAAAGGCUACGGAAUCAGGGGAAACCUAAUCGCAUGGCUGGAAAGUUUCCUGACAGACAGAAAGAUGCGGGUAUCAUUGCACUGAGAAUUUUCUGAGUGGAGCAGCGUCGACAGCUGGUGCAGUGGUAUAGCACAAGACAUGCAUGAGGAUGAAGAGGAAGAGGAUUCUUGUACGGGUGCACAAUCCACACAGCAGCACGGUGAUUUUUACGUGAAUGAGCAGCAUCAUGUCUUACACAAGUCGGUGGGGUUGCUGAGGGCCGUUGCUCUUGUCACGGGCGCCGUCAUCGGUGCCGGAAUCUUCACGACCCCUAAGAAUGUGCUGGCACAUGCCGGUUCCCCAGGUAUGGCUCUAGCUGUUUGGUUUGGGUGUGGUAUCUUCACCCUUUUAGGAGUACUCUGCUACGCUGAACUAGGACUUAUGGUUCCGAAGUCAGGAGGACAAUAUCAGUACUUAAGGUUAGCGUUUGGACCGCUGUCAUCGUUCAUGUUUCUGUGGUCAGAGCUGUGGAUGCGGCGUCCACUGAAGCAGGCCAUAGUUGCAUUGACCAUCGCUCGCUACAGCACACUGUUUCACUACUGGCAGUGUGUGGCUCCACCUGCUCCUUGUAGUGAGAGGAUGGUCGCCUUGUGUUGUGUGUGGGCAAUUGUCGCCAUCAACUCCUACAGCGUCCACUGGACCUGCAACCUGGAAUCGGCAUCUUUCUACUGCAAGUGUGUUGCCCUGGGGGCUAUAAUCAUCUUCGGCUGCGUGCACCUAGCGCAAGAGCCGCUGAAUUUCCUUACACAGGGCCAAGCCUUCGAGGGCACCUCACGCGAGAUAGGAAGCAUCUCGACAGCUCUGUACUGGGGACUGUAUGCUUAUUCUGGAUGGGAGACCCUCAACUUUGCAACAGAGGAAUUGAAAAACCCUAAAAAAAAUCUUCCUCGGGCACUGUUGAUUUCCAUGUGUCUGGUCACUGCUCUAUUUGUGUUGACAAAUCUUGCCUACAUGCUGGUUUUACCUCAGCAAGAGCUUCUUGACACUGGGGUUGUCGCCAUGGCGUUUGCCAGACAGACAAUGGGUGCCUUUGCAGCUGUCAUGCCUCUCCUCGUCAUUCUCUCGCUUAUGGGAUCGCUCAAUGGAAAUAUAUUCAUGGGUGGAAGGGUUUACUUUGCUGGAGCAAGAGAUGGACAUCAGCUGCCGGAGCUGUUAGCAAUGGUCAGUGUUGGAAGGAUCACCCCACUCCCAGCACUCCUACUCAAUGGUAUGAUGGCUUCUCUCAUGAUUCUCUUCAGUGUCGGCGACAUUGACUAUCUGCACCGUAGUUAUGGCUGCUGGCGCUGGAUUAUGGUGGCCGGUGGCGCCAUCUGUCAGAUCUACCUGCGCAUUAAGCGUCCCGAUCUGCCUCGGCCAUUCAAGGUUCCAAUGAUGGUGCCGGUCCUGUUCCUGCUCGUUUGCGGGUACCUCAUCUUGGUGCCAGUGAUCCUGGAGCCACAGUUACUCGUCGUUGGUAUCUGCAUCCAUCUGCUUGGAAUUCCCGUGUACUACGCAACAGUCAUUGGUAGAGGGCGCCUGUUUCUGCAAGGAGCUACACGGAAAUGGACAUUGCUGCUACAGAAAGUGCUGCUGGUUGCACUGACGGAUUCAAAAAUGCCUGGUUUAAAACGACACAGGCACAAGAAGUCAUAGCGGCAGCAAUGGUAGAGCAAUGAGAUCCUAGCCGCAAUGGUAGAGUAAGGAGAGACUAGCAGCAGUGGUAGACUGAAGGUAUACAACCAGCAGGGGUAGACAGAGGCAAUACUAGUAGCAGAGUUAGAUAGAGGGGAUACUAGCAGCAAUGGUAGAGUGAAGAGAGACUGGCAACUAUGGUAGAGAAAAGAAAUACUAGCAGCAAUGCUGCCAUAACCUAAGUGAAGCCAGUAGGUAUUAUGUAUGUAGUCUGGUGUUAGGAUAAUGCAUGCAUGCAGUAGGUCUAAAGUGCAUAUUUAUAUGUAAACAUGUGAAAUUUCUGUAAUAUUUUUUGAACGUGCAACGUGACAAAUGCGUUUUUUAGAAUUAGUGCAUGAUCUCAGGUACAAACUGCCAAAGUGAUUUUAUGUAAACUGAAUGUAACCGUAUUUUUGUAAUAACACACUAUAAUGACUAUAUAUAUAUAUUUUUUUUAACUGAAUCUUAUUGUGAAUGUGUAUGAUAGCGAGUACGUUUAGUGUGAUAUAAGUGAGCUGGCAGAUGCUCAGGAUUUUGUUUAUCAAUUUGUGUUAAAUCCUCUUUAAAUUAUUCAAUGAUGCUCGAGUAUCUCUAUAUCAUUCUAUGAUUGCAUAGCCAUUUUUAUAUCAACCUAUAAAGUUUAAUAAUUGUUUAUUGGUGCUGUUGUAGUCAUUUCCAGAUUGGUUGUUAUCUCUGCUGCAUUGAAAUGUUUAUUUACAUCUGUAGUGUUCAUAAUUAUUUCAAUAUAUGAUACUCAGACACUUGCCUGGUAGUUGUCCUUGA